CUCAUCCCUCUGUUCUUCUUCAUCGGUCUGGGAUCGAGCUCUGCCUCCCUGUACCUCUUCCGAUUGGCCGUCUUCAACCCGGAUGUGAUUUGGGAUCGGAAGAACAAUCCGGAACCCUGGAACCACCUGAGUCCCACGCACCAGUACAAGUUUCUGGCUGUUGAGACCGACUACAGCAAGCUGAAGAAGAAUGGCCCGGAUUUCUAGAAGCUUCCGGCCCCCCGCGAUGCCCGCCCGUCCGCCACCCUCAGGAGACCCGGCGUAGGUCAGCAGUGCCCCCCCCACCCUCAGGCAACUCUCCGCGUAGCAUUGAGCUUUUUAUAUUAGACAUUCCCACAAUGGCAAUAAAAUCUUCGAGAAGA